AUGGUGGAUACAGGAAGUGCAGAAAAAGCAGAAGCACAGAGACAACAGACAGAUCGACAGCCCGGAGAGGGUCUCGUAGCCAGGAGACAGACUCACAGCCCCAUGGAUUUCCUGCAGAGACAUCUUCCCCGUGUGUACCAGGCUGUGCAGAAUGCACUGGAUUACUUGGGCAAUGUCGCAGCACAGGUCUUUGGUGCUCCACCCAACGCCCCACGUCCUUCAAACUCUGGAAGCAAGGUCGCCAUUGGUACCAAGACUCUUCAGGAGACCAACACCUCACAGGGGUUCCCAUCUACUGAUACAGGAACUGGAAACAGGUCCAUGCAGGGAAGUGAGCACCUGUCGAAAUCAGAGGAUGACGUGGAGGCCACAGAAUCGAGUGUGGGACAUAUGGAACCUCCACCUGCCGUAGAACAUGAAGAAAUAUGCCUUGACCUAUCAGGAGUCACAAUGCACCCAAACCAAGAGUUAGAUCUUAGAAACAGAAAGGGUAAUGGCAGAACAAGAAGAGAUCUGGAAUACCAAGCACAUGAUAAAGCUGAAGAACUAUCAAGUGAAAUAUAUUUUAAGAGGGAGGAAAUAGGAGACCUGGAAAUCUCAGCAAAUGCGAGCCAAGAUGGACUGGCAAGGGAUCUAGGGCAGACCAAUGGAUCAGAUACAGACGUUCUCAUGGAUAAAUCAGACAGGUGGUGUGAUGUAAUGCCAGGCCAUCUGGAAUCACUGGUUGCAGGUGACAGGGAAGUUCUAAUGGCUAAAGCAAAGGAUCUUGAAAAUCUAGCUCCCGUGUUUAAAGAUGAAAUUGCAGAUAAACCCACGCCAAAUUAUAUAGAGGUUACAGACACUUUAUUAGAUCAUUCAGAGGGUCUUAAAAAUCAAUCUCCUUUGUGUCAGGAUGUAAUAGUGGAUGUUCUGGAUAAACCCAUGUCAAUAGAUGUAGAGGUUACAAAGACUUUAUUAGAUAACUCAGAAGAUCAAUCUCCCGUGAGUCAGAAUAUAACAAUGGAUUUCCUAGAACAGACAGAUACAAGAGAUACAGAAGUUUUGAUGGAUACUUCAGAGGACCUUGAGAGCCCAGCUCAUGUGUGUGAGGAGAGUGGCAUGCAUACUGAUCUAGCACUGCGAGAUACCCAAUGUGAAGAAAUUCACUUAACUUCGCAUUACUUGGAAGAUGUAGAAUCAUCUGCUAUCAGCUACAAAGACAGAAAAAUGAGUGCUGAGAAGCAGACCAAUACAGAGGUUACAGACAGUCUACAGGAUAAAUUAGAAGACCCAGGAAGCUCCGCUCAAUCGUAUAACGAUGAAAGUGAUAUGGAGACAAGACCAGAGAAGAUUAUGGAUGAUUUAAUUCCUCAAAUUCAAAAUGAAGAGGAUACCAUGCUGGUUAAUCCAGAUCUUAUUAGUACAAAGGAAGAGGCGUCUUUGGUGUGUGAGCAAUAUAAACCCAUACUAUAUGAAGAGACAAAUGUGGAAUCAAUUAUGAUUGGAAAAGGAGAGCUGGUUUCAAGUGACCCACAAAGCAAUAUCAAGGAUGAUGAAGAGUGUGUUGGAGAAAUGGUUUCAGAAAACCAGAUACAUGAAAAUAUUUUGACUCUCGAAAAUCUUGAAAACAUGUAUUUUCUAGAUAGUAAUAUAGAAUCUGUCACUGAAGUCACAAUACAACGUGAAGAUAUAAAACAAGAAAGUUACCAUGAAUUAUCUCAAUCAGAUCAAGAAUCUAGGCAAGUGGAAUUUACAAAUACAUUAACCACACAAGAUGAUGAGGAAGGUAGGGCAAUAGCCGACAUUUCUGGAGAGGGGCACAACCCUUCGCUGGUUGAAGAAGAGCAUCACCUAGGUCCUUCAGAAGUAGAGAAUGCCAGUUUGGAAGAUGUAACCGAGAUUGCAACAUCCCCAGUAGUAGAAAAUACAGUGAAUCUAAAAAGUUCAUUUGCAGAACAAAUACAUUUCAAGCAGCAGGUAGAGGAGCAAGAAUGCCCUUGUAAUGUAGACUUACCUGAAGUACAUGUGUCAGUGGAAGUAGAGCCAGGUGUGCUGGAUCUAAUACCAUCAAACUUAUCUGUUAAUGAAGAACCACAUGUAACGGAGCAAGUUCCUUGGUUAGAGGAGAGAAUGCCUUUGAGUAGCUUAGAUCUGUUACAUAAAACCAUUUCUCCAGUAAACGAAUGUAUCUCAGACAGAGGUGAUGAUGAGAAUUUAUCAGUAGACGUUGUAGAACCAGAGAACAGAAUAUUUGGUGAAGACAAAUCAUUGCAAGUUUCAAGUGAAUCUUACAGAGAAGUUGAGGAUAAACAUGAAUAUUUUAUCAAACAAGAAACCCAUUCUAAUACUGAAAUUGAGAAACAAGGGAGAGAAAUACGUGUCUCUCUCACUACUGAUGAGUCAGAGAAAAUAACAAAUUAUACAUCUAUGGAGGAAGCCAAUAUACCUGUACACAAAGAAACAGCUUUACCUGAUGUAUUAAUUGUGGAAUCAGUACAUUUUCAGGUUUCACAUUCAGAAGAUGAAGAACAUUCAAUAUCACAAUCAGACAAGGCAACUAUCAAUUUAGAAGAAGACCGCCUGCAAGAUGAAGGUCACAUUUACAGCUUGGAUGAUGUGCUAUCAGGAGAACAACAGCUAAUACAGCAAGAAGAGAAUGAUCCAAAAGACUAUGAGCGGUCAGUGUGGUAUGAAGAAUGUAAGGAUUUAACUGAGAAAGAGGAAUAUAAAUCAGAUAUCAAAAUAAAUGUUCCAAACCAAUUUGGGGAUUUCGGUGAGGACUUGGAAGAAGCAGAAAUGUCACAUACACAUGUGAGAUCAGCUGAAGAACUUUCAAAUUCUUCAACAGAGAGUGAAGAAAUAUUGUUAGCACAGGAUACUUUGAGUUGCGAAGAUCCCUCAUCUGAUAAAAAAGAGGAUAUUGAGGAAAGAGAAGAUAUGCAAGGAAGCUUCAUUAUAAUUCCUGAGGAAACGUUUAUUUCUCUCGAAUCAGACUUACAGGUAAUAAAGCCAACAUUGGUAAGUGGAUCUACACCAGGCAUGAGUUCAUUACUAGAUAUGAUGUCGCUUCAAGCAACAGAUAAAACAGAAAAUGACCAGACUCUGGAAAAAGAUUUUGUUUCAGAGGAUGAGGUCGGAUCUUUGCAAAAAUCAGGAACAUUACCAGCUGUGUUUGAUGAAUCCAAGGCAGUACAGACUCUAGUAGAACUGAGUAAAACUUCCACAGCAGAGCUCGAGUUCUCAAAUAUGAGAGGAGAGGAAACUCCAGAAAGAAAUCUCUCAGGUGACAAUACAGACAGUAAAGAAACAAGUGUACUAGAGGUACUGGAACCAGAUUGCAGAGAACACAAUGACAUCUCAUCUGGCCAAGCAAUGCAUAGUGAGUAUUACUAUACAGAUGAUGAUGCUUUUGAUAAAGAAAUGAUGAGAACAGAAGAACACUCAACCAAUGGCAAACACACUGUUGAGAUCACUGAUGAUAUUAGCAUAACAGUUACUGAAUUCCAAGUCUUCAAUACAAAAGGAGGUAAUUUUUACACAUUACAGGAUAAACCGAGCAAUGCAGUACAAGACGGUAAGAGUCUAAUGGGUGACCAUCAACCAGUGAGAGAAGAUAUAGAUAUUCCAAAACAUGGUACAGAGCAUCAUGAAUCCUUCGGUGAUUCAAUGCAAGAAAAAGAUUCUUUGGAGCACAAGGUUCUCCCAGAGAAUGAUGAUAACAAGGAGGCAUCGCUGAGAAGCAUAGGUGAAUCUGAGCAAAAGGAACCACCAAGCGAGUCAGGUGAAUCAUGGACUGAGAAUGCAACUGGAGCAGGAUGCCUACCUCAAGAACAAACAGAAGGUUUCAGAGAAAUAGAUAUUGUUCAAAGUAAUAACAUUAUAAAAGAUAAAGACUCUCAAAUGAAAUUAAACAUUACUACAGUGCAGGAAGAUCAUUUUCUAAAAUUGUCAGGCUUUGAGGUAGAUAAAAAGGAAGACGCUUUUGGGAAACAAGUUAAUUUGCUUGCUGAAGAAAAGUCGGUGGAGGUCCACCAUGACAAUUUACAUGAAGACAGUUCACUGAGUGAAAAACAGUAUUUCUCCACAGAUGGAAGUCAAACCUAUGUAGCCAAAGAAGACAAAGAUUGUUCCCUGACUGAUACGCACCAUCAUUACCAAACAGAUCUCAAAAUGACUACACCUCCAGAAGAUCCUGCAGAAAUAUUAGAAGAAUCCCACUGGAAACCAGAUCACUCAACCCCAGAAAUAUCUCAAAGUGUUGAGAUAACAAGAGAAGAACAUUAUCCAAGGUUACAUAAUCCUUUAUUAACUGCAGAAGAAUACCAAGGAUGUCAGAUGGAGAUAUCGCAGACACUAGUUGAUAAUCGUGGAACAAGUAUAUUUGAAGAACGAAAUAUACCAGCCGAAGGAAUGACAGAAAGUAACAAACAAGUAGACGUAUUAUUAAAUAAAGAAUCUCUGCCACCAGGUCAUUCAGAGCAAGCUGCACCUGUUAUUGAACCAGAAUCAAGCGUUGAAGAAAUCGGAGACACCCAUAAAGAUUUAGAUCUCUUAUCAGAAAAUCAGAGUUUAAUUGACCCCUGGCAAGUUAAAACAAGUUCCACUGAAAUGGCAGGAGAAACUGAUGUUGUAAUAAAAAGCCAUUCUACAAGCACAUCAGAUCAAUCAGUUCCAGAAAAAGAACUGGUCAAGGAAGCAUGCAAUCUGGAAGAUGCGCCACCAGAUCGCCCAUCAGAAGAUAUUGUCGUCUCUGAAAUUUCUACCACUUCAAAUCUCCAAGAAAAUGUGACAGAUAUUUUAUUUGGAUUUUCCCAUACUAAAAUUCCAAUUGAAGAAGACCUUAGUAUUAAUGGCAGCAUUCAAGCCAUACCAGGACCUGAAAUUGUUAUAUCGGCUGACUAUGGUCUACCAGAGGACAUUGAAUUGGAAUCUGGUCACAUGGUGGAAGAAAUCAAAGAAGAAAAUUAUAGCGAGGAGGAAGAGAACUUGAGAAGUACACGUUCAGCAACUGAUAGUGUCUCCAGUAAGAAUCAGAGGGAACAUAAAGAUACUUACCCAGCACCAUCAGAGCCUCAAACAAACCUGAUGGAGGUACCGGGACCCAUAGAGGAGGACGAUGAGAUAGAUGGCGAUAUGCUCCCUCACAGGACGCUAGAUUUAAGUGCACAGAAAAGCAGAGUUCAGCUGCGCAGGAAAACGUCCAUCCGAAGGCGGCAGGGUCAGCGCCAGUCCCUUCCUGAAGCGCAGCCCAGUGAGCAGCCCCCACCGGUACACCGGCCCUUUUCAGUAGCACUUCCAGGACUGGUAGGAAAGCUGCCAAUGCAACCUUCAGUGACCCCCAUGGCACACGCAGUGCCUCCUCCUGCAGAAGAGAGAAAGGAAGAGAGAGCGGACGCGGAGGAAAUCGCUAUUAAGCCAAAGAAGGUCUUCCCAAAGCAUGCUGGAUUUGGGAUCCCACACCCCCAGAUGAUGCAGGAGCUGCAGUCACGUCUACUCAAAAAGAAACCCAAAGAGUGAUCUUGUAAAGGAAAUCAUAUUACCCUCAGCCGUCCUGUUAUGGGUUAACCUGUAUGUAUAUAAUAAAGACUCCAAAUGAAA